UAUGCCUGCACACAGACGGGGCCCAUCACCCAGAGAGCCAAGCUUCAGCUUCUCAAGCUGAGGAGUCGCUUCACCAGGAGCUGGAAGGUGCUGGGCAAUGGAGACUGUGGUAGCAGCAGAGUGGUGUGACGAGCAGGAGGAAAGCUCUAAGUCUUUGGACCUUCUAUCAGUAACAGACUGGAAUAAACUCCAAGGGCAGGAGUCCAGUUGCUCCAGGUCGGAAUAACAUCUCUCAGAGCUGUAACUCACUUCUGGAAGCAGAGACAGGAGGAAACACAACCUGCACAUUCUUGCACCAUCUGCUGGUAGCAUCUCUGUCAACAGACACACCUGGAACAGAUUUGCUCGUUCCUCAGACCUGGAGGGAUACAUCCAUGUUUAGAGACAUGACCCCACCGUUACAAAGCUUCAAGAUUCAGGGUGCAGCGACUCAUCUGCCCUAGCUUGUCAGAGGAUGGUUAACUGACGGCCCGACUAGACCACACCAUGGAGAAGACAGAUGCAAACCACCAGCCACCCAAACCCGACGGGGAGAGGGAGCAGCCCCGCAGCCUCCCCUACUCGGUGGAGACGCCCUACGGCUUUCACUUGGACCUGGACUUCCUGAAGUACGUGGACGACAUUGAGAAAGGCCACACCAUCAGAAGGGUUCACAUCCACCGGAAAGCCAAGCAGCCAAAAUUCAGCACCCUGCCCCGAAACUUCAGCCUGCCCGAGAACGGCUCCCGCGGGUGCCUGUCCACCCCCAGCAAGAGCUGGACGGCGACGUGCUCCUUCCCUCAGCGAAAGGCGUCCCUGGGGGCAGAGGAGAUCCCCCGUCCCCUCCUGCCCAACGAGCUGACCCUUCCUGUGGCUGAUGAGCCAAGUUACAGAAGAAGAGCCCUUCUGGCGGAGACGCGGCGGCAGGCGGAGCUGGGGCGGCAGGAGGAGGAGCUCUGGGGGCGACCACAGCUCCUGCGGGCCUCCAGCAUGCCAGCUGCCCUGCCACCUGGCCAGACCCCCCCGGGGGACGGACGGGUGCCCUCGCCCCUCCGGCCCCCUCCCCAGCCCUGCCACGAGCAGAGUGGCUCCGAAAGCACGUUUCACCCCGGCUCUGAUGGCGUCAUGUUAAAGCUGCCCCGGCAAAUGAGCUCGGAGCAGGAUGUCUCCUCGGGCCAGAAGGAGCAUCCCGGUGGAGGUAGCCCGGGGCUGGUGCAGAUGCAGCCCCCGUGGCAGAGCCAGCAUCCCGUCGCGCCACAGCUGCAGGUGGUGAUGGAGAGUGGAGGUGAGGAGGGUGAUGCCACCGACACCAGCGGUCGCUCUGGGGGUGAACCAGCAUCACCGGGCACCCUCCAGCUUGUGGAGGAGAACACAAACCCUGGGGAAGGGGAGUUAAGCGUGAGCGAAGUCACUCUAGACGUGCUGAAAGAAGCUGAGGAGGGGAAUGUCCUGGCUGGAGAGGACAAGGAGAGCUGUGGUCCUCAGCCUGGGGAUGCUGGAGAGCCCAGUGCAGUCUCUGCGUUGAAACAGCAGGUCGCUGCUCUGGAGGAGCAACUGAGCAAGAAGGAGGAGGAACUUGAGCAGAUCAGGGCAGUGCUGGAGCGGCAGGAUCAUGAGAUCAAGGAGAAGGAGAAGAGCAUUAAGUUACUGGCCAGCUCCAAAGCUCAGCUGGAAGAGAAGUUGUGCCGGGAGAACACCGGAGACGCCAAGCCCCCCUCCAGGCAGAGCAGUGGGGCUUUGCAGUGCUACGAUGCUGCGGUGAACACCGACCUCUCACAGGUGACCGGGGCCAAGCAAGCCCACGAUAAAGGCAUCAACGUAAACAUCCCCAUCUCCACCAAAUCCAUAGGAUGCAACGUCCACAGAGCAGACAACAUGAAUGCACAGGCGAUGAAGCUGGGUGCUCAGAGGGAUCAGGGACUGGAAUACGCUUGUGGUGGUGUUGGUGGAGAGGGACCUGGACAUUUUGGUGAAGCUGACACAGAGGCUGGCCUUCAUGCACCAUGCUUCACCCAGCUGAAGAUUGACGAGCACCUCAGCGAUGACAAUCAGAACCACAGGAAUAACUGUGAUACCCAGAGCCUCACUGCUCACGCAGGGACUGCAGAAGGCUCUCGAGGAACAAGAAUUGGCUCAAACACAGGAGAAAACAAGGCGGGCUUUGGCGAAGCCAAACCUCGAGAUGGGCUGGAAGAGGAAGGUCCCCCUGGCCACGAGGAUCUCCCUGCUGUUGACCCCAUCGGCCAAUACGUAAAAAAAAUCCAGGAGCUUUUGCAGGAGCAGUGGCUGUGUCUGGAGCAUGGCUACCCCGAGUUAGCGAGCGCUAUUAAACAGCCAGCCUCCAAGCUCAGCUCCAUCCAGAACCAAUUAGUUAAUUCCUUAAACUCGUUGCUGUCGGCCUACUCUACGCAAGGGCCCGCGGAUAAGGAGAAUUCGAACACACACUAUCAACAGUUGGAAACCUCUCCAACCACAAGUCUUAAAUCUAUCAUGAAAAAGAAAGGUUAUGGUUUCCAUGCAGGAGGCAAUGGGACCAAAAAGAAUCUUCAGUUUGUUGGGGUAAAUGGUGGCUACGAAACGACUUCCAGCGAAGACACCAGUUGUGAGGACAGCCCAUCGGAUGGGGACGUGGAGAGCGAGACGGAGAGAAGAGUCGAUGAUUUGGAGCCCAUACAGGUGAAAGCUGGAGGUGAAUGUGAGGGGGCUUCGUCGGAGACCUCCUCGCAGGAGGGACGUGAGCACGAUGACCCACAGGAACCAUCAGCAGAAGCAGCACCUUGCCCUCAGCACAAGGCUGACAGAUGCACACCCUCUGAAGAUUUCCUUGCCGACUGCCAGCUACUCAGCAAGCACCUCUCAGAAAUGGGCACCACAAGUGACAAGCAUCUGCGGCAAGUCCUGAGCACCGUCUGCCAGGAGUGGUUCCGGGUGUCGAGCCACAAGUCUUCCAGCCCGGAGGUGGUCGCGGUGUAUCUCAAGGCGCUGGGGGCCAUCCAGCCCCAGCUCCUGGAGAUGGUGGUGAACCUGGCUGACAGGAAUGGCAACACGGCUCUUCACUACAGCGUCUCCCACUCCAACUUCCCGAUUGCAAAGCUCCUGCUAGACACAGGUGUGUGCCGCCUGGACCUGCAGAACCGCGCUGGCUACACGGCCGUGAUGCUCACCCCGCUGGCGGCCGCCGAGACGAGCGAGGACAUGGAGGUGGUGAUGAAGAUGCUGAAGGAGGGGGACGUCAACCUGCGAGCUGCCCAGGGAGGCCAGACCGCCCUGAUGCUGGGGGUGAGCCACGAGCGGGAUGACAUGGUGCGAGCCCUCCUCUCCUGCCAGGCCGACGUCAACCUGCAGGACGAGGAGGGGACCACGGCCCUGAUGGUGGCCUGCCGGCUCGGCAACGCCGACAUCGUCAGGCUCCUCCUGGCCCAGCCCGGCUGCCAGGUCACGCUGACGGACAAGGGUGGUAACUCAGCUCUGUCACUGGCCCACGGGGACAUCGCCGCGCUCCUGCGAGCCCACGCCGAGCAGAGCCCAUCCCUCUCGGCGUGACCCAGCGGGGAGGAGGAACAAACAGCUCCUUCCUUGGUGUCACCACCCACUCGGUGGCCGGGGCCAAUACUGUGGGUUUCCCUACGUCCCGGGGGGAUGAACCCCAUCAUUAUCUGCAUACAUUUCCCAUUCUCCUCAUUAAGCCUGCUUACGCCCCCCUAAUCUAUGCACAUUGCCACAAAUGACUCCGAGCUCUCCUCAUCCUCCUACGGAUUUGGGAGGUGAGUGACCGAAACGAGGGAGAAAAAGCACAUUAGAAAAGCAAUACUUAGUCUUUUGUAACCUUAGGUUAUGGUUGUCCUUUUAAUCGACUAAACUGUAGCUCAUUUAACUUGUAAGUGUGUGUCCUAAUAUUUAUUAUUAGCUCUUCUGUACGUAGCAGCAGGCGGGGACUAUUCAGUAAAUGUAACAACAAACACAAGCUGGAUGGAUUAUCUGAAGUAUAAAAUCCUAUUUAUGUUUGCUUAUGUGGGUCUGAUGUAAGAAUUAAAAAUUAACGCUGUAGGAAAAUAUUUGAGUAUACCAGACCCAAACACACAGACAUUGUUUUGCCUCUAUUUGGAAUUGCCAUAUGGCUCUUAUUUUUUCCUAAUUAAGUUUGAGCUAACGGGGAAGCGCAGCCCAUUGACAUGCACCGAGCAUCCGCACGUACGAUGCUCAGGCGCAGCGGCGAGGACCAGGUUCUCCCGAGCACGGCACCAGGAGAUGACAACAGCUUCCCAUCCCAGGAUGGGUUAACGUUGUCUGAGAGUUUCCUGGAGCGACUUUGCUGACAGAUGCCUUUUGGGCAGGUACCUGCUCUCCCCUUCCCCUCCUGCUCCACUUUUCAGGUGCCCAAAUUACUCCCAUGUAAAGCCAUGCCAUGACUGAGCUGCUGGACUUGGCCGGUGCCAGGGCCUCCCCCACCAUGGGGCACCCACAGCAUCAUCUCAAGUCAUACACACGGCAGAGUUUUUUUUCUCUUAAAUCCCUCUGCUGCUGACAAAGAGGGAGGGAGGGCUUAGGUCCCGCUUUUCCAUUCUUCUUUACACUGUUAUUAGGUUGUGGUGCACCAAGAAAUGCCAUUUCUGCCAUUUCAGCCUGCAUCUCUGGAGGCUUUCAUGGACCUGGAGGCCGUCACCAGUUGAGCUGGGGCAGUACAUCUUAAACCCAGAGCUACUUGCCAUCACUAAAAGCAAGUCUCCCUAAUUAGCUAAUUGCUUUUCUUUGUUUGUUACUGAGCAGAAGUUAACCUUGGACUACUUUGGUUGGUUGUGAGUCAAUUCACAUCGUGAUGAGUCUCUCCUGACCUGCCCUUUCCCCUUCCUUCAUGUUUGCAAUGAGGGCAAAGCCCUUCCAAGAGCCCCUGUCCUCCUUGCAAGGAGAGGAGGGCAGCUCCUGCCUUCUCUUUUCCAUGGGAAUCUGCUGUCUGCUCCAGUUUCUUUCCUUUCUUCAUGUGUUUAUUGGGAAGCCCUCGCCAGCUCAAAUGUCUGCUGCUUUUUUGUUGUUUUUUUUUUUUAACUCUGUCCCAAAAUGGAGUUACC